GCCGAAGAGAGAUUACGAGUCCGCGGUGGAUAAGCCUGUGAGGGAGGCGGUCGGAUGCCUGAUGUGGACGAAGCUGACAAGGCCAGACAUCGCCCUGCCUCUGAACAAGCUCCAGAAGAUCGCCCACUCACCCACCUGGAGGAUAUUGAACACGCUUGUGCGGAUGAUGUCCUACCUGUUAUUCACGAAGGACUUCGGCAUCACCUACGUACGGGGAUCAGGACUAGACCUAAGCGUGUUUGUCGAUACCAGCUACGCUGACAACGGAGUAGACAGGCGUUCUACGACCGGGCUAGCUGGCGUGAAGGAGGCGGUGUUUGUGCGUGGCGUUCUGUCGUUCAUAGCGCCCGAGACGAGUGGGGCGAAGAUCAAGGUCCUUGAGGACAACAAGGGGGCUCUCGCCUUAAUCGAGAACCCGUUCAGCUCAGCGAGAAGCAAGCACAUCGACGUGCGGUUCCAUUUUUUUCGCGAGCUAUUCAAGUCGGGCAAGAUCACUGCAGAGUAUGUUCCGACUGGAGAGCAGCACGCCGACAUGCUGACCAAGGUCCUUGGCAGAGAGAAGUUAGAGUACCACCGGAAGGCUCUGAUGAACCUACCGAUGUAG